CAAAAACGACAACAUAGUUCCUUAUGCAUAAAAAUGGUACUAAAAAACAGAGAAGACAAAGUGAGAGGCGGAAAUCCAAGUUCGUAGGAUUUGCGGUUCUUUCCAAGCUAACAGUUUGUAGAACCAAGAGCUCAGAUAUCAAACCCAUCAAUGGCGAGAAUAGGUUGUACUCACUUAAUGCCAUCCCUGCUUUCUCCACUGAAGCACCACACAAGUCAUUGUCAGCUAAUGUUUGGAUUAGUCGGCGUUGGUGGAACUGUUGGGUUCGGUAGAGCUAAAGCACGGCCCUUUUCUUCAUCUAGGAUAUGCAUGAGCCUCAAAGCCGGCAUCGUUGGCCUACCUAAUGUUGGAAAAUCCACUCUCUUUAAUGCCGUUGUGGAGAAUGGGAAGGCUCAAGCUGCCAAUUUUCCAUUUUGUACAAUAGAGCCAAAUGUAGGAAUUGUUGCAGUUCCAGAUCCACGCCUUAAUGUGCUUUCGGAUUUAAGCAAAUCUCAACGAGCAGUUCCAGCAUCUAUAGAAUUUGUAGAUAUUGCUGGGCUUGUCAAGGGUGCUAGCCAGGGAGAGGGCUUAGGUAAUAAAUUUCUGUCACAUAUUCGUGAAGUUGACUCCUUACUUCAGGUUGUUCGAUGCUUUGAAGACAAUGAUGUCAUUCAUGUUAAUGGAAAAGUUGAUCCCAGGUCUGACAUAGAUGUUAUCAACUUAGAGCUUGUUUUCUCUGAUCUUGACCAGAUUGAGAAAAGGCUGGAUAAGCUGAAAAAAAGCAAGGGAAGGGACUCGCAAUCUAAAGUUAAGGAGGACGCAGAACGAUCUGCCUUGGAAAAGAUUAAGAUUGCACUUUUGGAUGGCAAACCAGCACGAUCAGUUACCAUAACAGAUUUUGAGAAAGAAGCUGUGAAGCAUCUUUGCUUGCUUACAAUGAAACCUAUUAUAUAUGUAGCUAAUGUUGCAGAAUCGGAAGUAGCUGAUCCUGGAAGUAAUCCGCAUGUCAAAGAAGUGAUGGGUCUUGCAUCAGAGUUGCAAUCUGGACUAGUGACCGUUUCUGCACAGGUUGAGUCUGAGUUAACCGAGCUUCCUUCUGAAGAAAGAACAGAAUACUUGCAAUCUCUUGGUGUCAGUGAAAGUGGUCUUGGAAACCUUAUCAGAGCAACAUACAGCCUUUUAGGGCUUCGCACUUAUUUCACUUCUGGCGAAAAGGAAACAAAAGCAUGGACCAUACUUGCAGGGAUGACUGCACCUCAAGCGGCUGGAGUCAUUCACUCUGACUUUGAGAAAGGUUUCAUCCGUGCUGAGACGGUGGCUUAUGAUGAUUUUGUUGCUGCUGGGUCACUUGCUGCAGCAAGGGAGAAAGGAGUCUUGAGAUCGGAGGGUAAAGAAUACAUUGUACAAGAAGGAGAUGUGAUGCUGUUUCGAUUCAAUGUUUAGCUCGGUUUUGGCAGAUGGAAGGACUUUUCGUUUUUCUCAGAAAGUGAAGGUGAAAUUGGAAAUACAGGUAUGGCAAAAAUUGGUCUUGGAGAUUUGAAAAUACAAAUGCACAGACUAUCACCAUUUUGUAAUAUGAUUGUUAGUAGUUACAUGCAGAGAGAGUGUAAUAAAAUUUUGUUUGGAAAGUUAAAUAUCUCAAUUGAUUGAUUAAAAUUUUUGUAACAUCACUUGUAGAAAUAAACAGAUACUAUGGUCCCCAUUCAAUUAUGAAUUUUAUUUUAUUUUCAGUAA